CCCAUGGAUAGUUAGUGGAUGACAUCACAGGCACUUAUUUCUUCUACAGUCUAUGGCCUGCAUUCAGUGGACCGCCUUGUGUCCAGGGUCCUGACUGUAUCUGUCUCCCAUGCUCUCUUAGCGGAAUAGCGGAAACUCUUGAACCAUGAGCUCGGUUGCAGUGUUGACCCAGGAGAGCUUUGCUGAGCAUCGCAGCGGGCUGAGGGAUGAGGAGAUCACAGGUGGAACCCCAGAGGAUGAGGCCUACAUCCCCACCUAUUUGGAGGCCUUCCCCCCUCUCCCUGAGAAGGGUACCCCAGGGGAAAAGUCGGGUGAGCCCACAGGGGCCUGGAGCAAGAUUCGCCCCAUAAAGGCCUCCGUCAUCACACAGGUGUUUCACGUCCCCCUGGAGGAGAGGCGUUACAAGGACAACAGUCAGUUUGGGGAGGGAGAGGAGGCCAAGGUGUGCCUGGACAUCAUGCAGAGAACCGGGGCUCACAUUGAACUCUCGCUGGCCAAGGAUCAGGGCCUGUCUAUCAUGGUGACGGGCAAACUGGACUCCGUCAUGAAAGCACGCAAAGAGAUUGUGGCCCGGCUGCAGACACAGGCCUCGGCCACCAUCACCAUUCCGAAGGAGCACCACCGAUUCGUCAUCGGGAAGAACGGGGAGAAACUGCAGGAGCUGGAGCUGAAGACGGCCACCAAGAUUGGCAUUCCAAGACCGGACGACCCCAGUGCUAACAUCAGGAUCACAGGCACCAAGGAAGGCAUUGAGAAGGCCCGGCACGAGAUCCUGCUCAUCUCCGCAGAACAGGAUAAGCGAGCGGUGGAGCGUCUCUCUCUGGAGAAGGCCUUCCACCCUUUCAUUGCCGGAGCUCAUAACCGGCUGGUGCAGGAGCUGAGUCAGGAGACUGGGGCCCGCAUCAGCAUCCCCCCACCCAGCCUGCCCAAGGACGAGAUCGUCAUCACUGGGGAGAAGGAGGCGGUUGCCCUGGCCAUCGCCCAUAUCCGAGCCAUCUAUGAGGAGAAAAAGCGCAAAACCACCACCAUCUCGGUGGAAGUGAAGAAGUCCCAGCACAAGUACAUUGUGGGGCCCAAGGGGAACACGCUGCAGGAGAUCAUGGAGAGCACCGGCGUUUCCGUGGAGAUGCCUCCGCUGGACUCCGGCUCUGAGACCAUCAUCCUGAGGGGCGAGCCUGACAAACUGGGCCCCGCCCUCACUCAGGUGUAUGCUAAGGCCAAGAGUGUGAUGGUCAUGGAAGUGACGGCUCCGGCCUGGCUUCAUCGCUUCAUCAUUGGGAAGAAAGGACAGAAUAUUGGCCGCAUCACUCAACAGUUACCUAAAGUGCACAUAGAGUUCACGGAUGGGGAGGAGAAGAUCAGCCUGGAGGGACCAACAGAAGAGGUGGAGCAAGCACAGGCCCAGAUACAGGAUAUCAUCAAAGACCUGAUGCUGAGGAUGGACUACACAGAAGUAAACAUAGAUCAGCGUUUUCACAGACACCUCAUUGGCAAGAAUGGAGCCAACAUUAACAGGAUAAAAGAGCAGUACAAGGUGUCGGUGCGGAUCCCACAGGACACGGACCGCAGUGGCCUCGUGCGCAUAGAGGGGGACCCCCAGGGGGUACAGCUGGCACGCAAGGAGCUCAUUGACAUGGCCCAGCGCAUGGAGAAUGAGCGCACCAAGGACCUGAUUAUCGAGCAGAAGUUCCACCGCACCAUCAUUGGCCAGAAAGGCGAGAAGAUCAAAGAAGUACGGGACAAGUUUCCCGAGGUCAUCAUCAAUUUCCCCGACCCAGCCCAGAAGAGUGACAUCGUGCAGCUGCGGGGUCCCAAGAAUGAGGUGGAGAAGUGUGGGAAGUUCCUACACAGACUCCUUGCAGACCUUAUUGAGAAUAGCUUCUCCAUCUCAGUCCCAAUCUUCAAGCAGUUCCACAAAAACAUCAUUGGCAAAGGUGGUGCCAACAUCAAAAAGAUCCGUGAGGAAACAAACACCAAGAUUGACCUUCCCACGGAAAACAGUGACUCGGAGAUGAUUGUGAUCACUGGGAAAAAGGGGAACUGUGAGGUGGCUCGUGACCGCAUCCUGACCAUCCAGAGAGACCUGGCAAACAUAAAGGAGGCAGAGGUGACAAUCCCAGCUAAGCUGCACAACUCCCUGAUCGGGUCCCGGGGCUGUCUGGUGCGCUCUGUAAUGGAGGACUGUGGGGGAGUCCACAUCCACUUUCCCUCAGAGGGCUCGGGCUCAGACCGGGUCACCAUCCGGGGCCCCGCGGGGGAGGUGGAGAAGGCCCGGAAACAGCUGCUACAGCUGGCUGAGGAGAAGCAAAUCAACAACUUCACAGCGGAGCUGCAGGCCAAGCCUGAAUACCACAAGUUCCUGAUUGGGCGGGGCGGGGCCAACAUCCGGCGUGUGAGGGACCGCACCGGGGCGCGCAUCAUCUUCCCCUCCCCCGACGACCCCGAGCAGGAGCUCAUCACGAUCGUGGGCCGAGAGGAGGCUGUACGGCAAGCCCAGAAGGAGCUGGAGACCCUCGUCAAGAACCUGGACGAUGUGAUCGAGGAUAGCAUGGUUGUGGAGCCACGCCACCAUCGGCAUUUUGUGUGCCGCCGUGGUCAGGUCCUAAGGGAGCUGGCGGAGGAAUACGGGGGUGUGGCCGUUAGCUUUCCACGCACGGGCACCCACAGUGAUCGUGUCACACUAAAGGGGGCUAAGGACUGUGUAGAGGCUGCUAAGCGACGCAUUCAGGAGAUCAUCGUGGACCUGGAGGCGCAAGUGAUGGUGGAGGUUGCCAUCCCCCAGAGGUACCACCGUGCAGUCAUGGGCCCUAAGGGCUCGCGCAUCCAGCAGAUCACCCGCGACCAUGAGGUCCAGAUCAAGUUUCCUGAGAGGGAGGAGUCAACAGGGGUAGAGCCCUCUCCACAGGAGAAUGGCGAAGCCAGCCCAGAGGCGGAGUUUGUCCCACGCAAGUGUGACAUCAUCACUAUCUCUGGGCGGGCUGAGAAGUGUGAGCUGGCACGAGCAGCCCUGCUGACUCUGGUCCCAGUCACUGUGGAUGUGGAAGUUUCCUAUGACCUCCAUCGCUACAUCAUUGGACAGAAAGGCAGUGGCAUCCGCAAGAUGAUGGAGGGGUAUGAGGUGAAUAUAUGGGUGCCACAGCAGGAGCAGCAAUCUGAUGUCAUUAAGAUCACGGGUCAGGUGGCAAACGUGGAGCGUGCGAGGGUGGGGCUGAUGGAGAGGGUCAAAGAGCUUCAGGCUGAGCAAGAGGACCGGGCUCUGAGGAGCUUUAAGCUCACCAUCUCCGUCCAACCCAAAUAUCACCCCAAGAUCAUUGGACGCAAGGGGGCAGUCAUCUCCCAGAUCCGCAAGGACCACGACGUCAACGUGCAGUUCCCUGACAAGGGAGAUGAGCAGCAGGACCUGAUCACCAUUUCAGGGUAUGAGCGGAAUGUGGAAGAGGCCAGGGCGGCGAUCGAGCAGCUGGUGUCGGUUCUGGAGGAGAUGGUGAGCCAGGACGUGAAGCUCGACCACCGCGUCCACGCCCGCAUCAUCGGCGCUCGCGGCAAGGCCAUCCGCAAACUUAUGGAGGAGUUCAAGGUGGAUAUCCGGUUUCCACAGCCGGGCUCUGAGGAUCCAGACCGGGUUACGGUGUCGGGACUUCCGGAAAGCGUGGACAAUGCCAUUGACCACUUGCUCAACCUGGAGGAGGAAUAUAUGAUGAGUGUGACAGAAACGGAAACAAUGGCAGCCUACAUGAAACCACCAUCAAGGGGGGGAGGAGGGGGCGAUGCAGAGAGCGGCGUGCCUGCCAAGGGAUUCGUGGUGAGGGACGCUCCCUGGAACGCCCCUGGAAACAAGGCCCCUGACAUGAGCAGUGCUGAAGACUUCCCGACCUUUGGGGCUGGUGUGGCUCCUAAACAGAUGUCUGCAUGGGGCCCCAAGAAGUUCUGAGACUUGGAAAGGGAGAGAGCAGUGAAACUGGAUGUGACCAUUCCUGGCACGCUCCCUUCAUCUUCCCUAGCUCCAGGUCCACCCAUCGCUUGUGUACCACUCUCUCUUGCGCUCUCCAUCUUUUUCUUGGGCAUCUUCCUGGUCAUUUAGGAGAUGAGAGGAAGGGAGAACACUCUUUUCUCCACAGUAGAAUGAGUUCUUAGCUCUUUCUUAACUCUCUGUCACCUUUUUGCUUUUGCUUGUACCAGAGAUGUUGACAGUUGUCAAAACUUUGUUAAACAGGGUGGUCAAAACUAAGCCCUCCCCUCAUUUGAUUUUGAACCUGUUACUGUGGACAAACAUGAAUGCAUCAGGUCUUUUCAGAUAUGGGUUUGUAUAGUAGUUUGGACAGACAAGACAUGCAAGACAUUUUCGAAAAAAGAUGAUAGGCCAAGAUUUCUAGUUGGUUUUAUGGAUAGAAAAAAGGAGUAGAAUAUUUGAUUGUGUAAUGAAAAUUAUGGCAACGGUUUUAAAAUGUCUGAUGAAGUUAUUUUAUUGUGGGUUUAUUCUGUAGAUGAUCCUUUCAAGCACAUACAGCACUUCAGGAGGGGAUUACUGAAAUGAUGUGGUUGGGGGGGCACUUAAAACACACUCCCUGGUAUGUAUAGUUCUUUUUUAUUCAUUUCUAUUCAGAGAUGAAGUAGCACUUAUAUUAGUAUUUUCAAGGUGGCUAAAAGUGGCUCUGUGGCAUUCUGCGAUAUUGGGUCAUUUAUAAUGGAGUCUGUUUCACUGUUAUUUAUUAAUUUAUAUUUAUUCUUUUAUAUAUGGAGUUACUUUUCAGUUUCAUCUGAACAAAGAUUGAAGCUUAGCUGUGACUCUGGAUUGGAAGAACUUGAAACUCUUGGGUUCCAUGGGUGUGUAUGCGUGUGUGCCAGGAUUAAGCUUAAUCACGUUUGCAUAUCUCCACCAGUCCCAUGUCUCACCUACCCUCUACCCCCAAUUUGUCUCCUCUUGUUUCUCUCACUCAGUUCAGCACUCAAUUACAUUGCGAAGGUCAAUUUUUGGUGAAACAGUAAAAUCAGCUUUGUCAGUGAAAUUCAAAUAUUUGUAGAAAUUUGAAUCUUGAAUAUCAAAGAUAAGUGCACAUUUCAGUCCUCAUUUAACUGAGCCUUACAUAGUCAAUCAGUAAGUUCUUGGAAUAUCUAUCCAAAUGUUCAACCUGUGGUGAUCUUAUAAGGCUGAGGAUUGCACCAAAUAAAUAGAAUCAAUCUAGGGAAAAACAAAGGGUGACACAGUUUACAUGACCGUACAAGGCCUGUCAGUGCAAUGAGAAACAGAACAGAAGACCUGCUGGACCAGUAAAUGUCACCAUCUCCCAUGGUAUACUGUAUGUAUACAAUAUGCUGUUUCCCUUGGGUUUAAAUCCCUCAUUCGAAAAAUCUAUAGAAAUUCUGUUCUAAAACUGAAACUUUCCUGUUUUCCUCGGAUAAGUUGCAGGGUUCUCCCUAGAAUUGUUUUUAACAGCGUGGCACUCAGGCCCCCUGGGGGGAGGGGGGGCUUGGGGUGCUGGGCUUGGGGUGCUGGGCUUGGGGGUAGAAGAAGCCUUGUUAUACCACCAUUUCCUGCAUUCUGGGGCCUUUAAAAACACACAGAAAAAUGCCUUCAGACAUUGAUGGUUAGAAAUGGAGGAAUUAGGAAAAUGUCAUUAAUUUCUCUCAUUGACAGUUGAUCCAGAAGUCUUGAAAAUGCAUCUGAAGGGAAUGGUGACAUGACUUCUGAGACCUUUGCCAUCCAAACCAGGCAUAAAUAUUGGAAAACUUGUGUUGCUUUUGGUAGUGGGAAAAUACCAAAAUGGCAAUAUCUAGCUUUAAAUCUCAGUUUGCCAUGCUGACAGAAACGGUCCUGCAGCUGUUGGACGAUCUAGAUAAUUCGUUUAAUGACGGGGCAGCUUUGUUUUCCGGUUUCCGGUUUUGUUUUUAACAUGAGAUGUGUUUGGGUACCAAAAGUGUGAGAGUUUGUAGGUUUUUUAAUCCAAUAACCUACCAAAUGCAACAUGACUUUUGAACUAAAAUAAAUUGCAUGGUUACAGGAUUCACCCAUGAACUUGCCAUGAAUUUAACACACUAUCCCAGUGAACAAAAGCUGGAGCCUCUAAGUCUAGAGGGUUGGAAAUCUAGGUUGAGAGACGUUUUGACAUAUAAUGGGUUAACCUCAUCUGUUUUAUCUCAGGCUAUAGCCUAGCUACUUUUCAACCAGAUGUUUUCACCUGAAUGCCUCAAUGACACUUCACCAAUUUUCCAUGGGAAAAAUGUACACUGGGAUAUGAAAACACAUUUUACAGCAUUUUAGCAAGGUUAUUAACAUUGACAUUGAAAUGUUUCAGGGCUUGUGUAACAAAUUAAAAUAAAAUAUUGGAACAGGUGAACUAUAAUAACCAGCUGUGUAUACAAAAUGAAGGCACUAAAUUAAGUUAAUUGCAUACACUUGAUUGUGGUUGAACACAUUGUUACACAAUGGUGCAAGUGAGGGAACAGAGAGGUGAACCGGCACUGUUACAUUCUUUGGGGCGAACUCUAGAGUUGUGUGAAUAAUAGUGAAGUAGUUCAGAGAAGAUCCUUCUUGGACCUGGGGCCUAAUUUAUAAACUAUUUAUCGACACAUUAUACAUUGAAUGCUGUGCAUGCCCAUUGGCAAAUGGGGAAAAAGCUCACACUGUGCAGAGAAGCUGAUCCUCAUGCAUAUUCAUGACCAUGUGUAUAAAGAUUUCCUGUGGUUGAAUAAUGGAAAAUUGUUGUCUCAGAUAAAGCCUUUUCUUUGUUUUACCUUAAAAAUUGAGCUCCAUUAAAAUGCACAACUACGAAGGAUUUACAAAUGAUGCACACUGGAGAGUUCUGGUUGAAGCAAAACCAGCAUGCACUGAUUCUAGCAGUGCCACUGAUAAUACCAGACAGACCAGGUUAACUGACACCCGAAAAAUGGUUAGUAAAUGGCAGCUAUAGGCUUUUUGACAAACUUAAGGCCAGAUUCCCAACUAUCAAAAUUCCAUUUAUUGGAAUUUGCAUUUAUAAUGAUUAGUUUUUUUGCUACUUUUGUGUGUUCCAUUUUGGAAAAUAUAUGCUUGAAGAGCAGCUGGAUUUUUGAACCUAAUGAAAGAUAUGAAAUUGAAAGCAGUCUCAAAAGUGUUGAUUUACAUGGGGAGAGUGGACGGAUUAAAAGUAGUUUUUAAAUCCUGAAAUCUGUUUCUUGUAUUUUAUUUCUCUGGUUCUUGUCAAUUCGGGGUAAAAUUUUCAAAAGUGAGGAUAUGCAACAACACAAAAUCUGUUCCCUUUAUGUUCGUUAAGAGCGCCAGUGUGUAUAGGUAUGUUUUGUAUUGUUUGCAUAAAAUGUGUAAUUCUCCUGUGCUUCUUUUGAUGCCGUUUUAAUACCUUCACCCCCUCCAUAAAUGUAAAAUGCUCUUCAUGCUGCCCGGUUUGAGUGCUGAUGUGGUCAUUGCUGGAGAGUGAUUAAAACUAUUGAUUUUAAAACCGAUAGAACACUAUUGGCCUUAAAAUAAUUGUUAUAAAAUAUUUUGACAUGAUGUGAUUGAGUAAAUAUGCAACACUGCAAUAACAUGUCAGUGACUGGACUUUUCCUACUCCAAAUAAAAUAUGAAAAAAUGACCAUAA